UCAGUGUCGGUUGACGAAAAAAAAGAAAACCGAAUUUAAGUGGAGUAUGUGCAAAAAGGGGAGGUUUGAGUGAAAUCAUACAAAGAGAGUGCAAAUUCCUUCAAAAUGUGAGCAAACUAACAUUCAAUGCUCCCAUUCGAUCCAUUCUUCUCUUUUCGGUGAAGCGAAAUGGCUGAGGCGGUUGUUUCGAGUGUCGUGACAAGGAUUGGUGACUUGCUCGUACAAGAAGGAAAAUACUUGUCUGGGGUGAGUAACCAAGUUGAGCUGCUAAAAACUGAGCUCAAUCUGAUGCAAGGCUUAUUAAAAGAUGCAGAUGCGAGGCAGGAUGAAUCAGAGGCUGUAAGAUGGUGGGUUGCUGAAAUAAGAGAUCUUGCUUAUGAUGCAGAUGAUAUCAUUGCAACAUAUGCCCUCACAGUUGGAACCAGAAAGGGAGGAGGCAUACAAAAGUUCAUCAAGAGGUGCAGUUGCAUCUUGGAUGAAGUAAUUACAUUCCACAAGGUUGGGUCACAGAUUGAAGAUAUCAAGGCGAAAGUUCAUUGUUUGAGAACGAUUUUUCGAGACUAUGGGAUAAGAGAAUCUAUGAUAAAAGGAGGCGGAUCCAGUUCUUUUAAUGAGAGGAAGCGAGAGGAAAGGCAAACAUUUCCUCAUCUUGACCAUGACGUCGUUGGGUUUGACGAUGAUCUAAAUAAAUUGGUGGAGUUUUUGCUAAAAGAAGGGGAAGGCAAUAGAGUUGCUUCCAUAUGUGGUAUGGGUGGUCUGGGAAAAACCACUCUUGCCAAGAUGGUUUAUAACCACAAGAAAAUCAAGCAACAUUUUGUUCGCCGCACUUGGUCAUAUAUCUCACAACAAUGUCAAAGAAGACGUGUUUGGGAAGAAAUUCUAAUUAAGGUUCAGUCUCCAACUAAAGAGGAAAGGGAUGAAAUUCAAAAGUUGACAGAUGCAGAGAUCAUUGAGAAACUUCGUGAAGUUCAACUCCAGAAAAAGUGUUUGGUGAUUAUAGAUGAUAUUUGGGAUGUUGAGACUUGGAACAGUCUAUGCGUUGCCUUCCCAUUAAAGAAUACUAAUAGUAAAAUUCUGCUUACCUCUCGUAAUAAAGAAGUGUCUUUACAAGUAGAUGCCGAAAGUUUUCUUUAUGAAUUGCAAUGCCUAAAUAAGGAAAGGAGUUGGGAAUUGCUUAAGAAGAUAGCAAUAUCUCGGAGAAAAGACUGUGUGACCAACACUAACAAGCAUAAUAUCAAAAAAUUAGGGAAGGAAAUGAUUGAGUAUUGUGGAGGUUUACUGUUGGCUAUCACUGUACUUGGAGGCCUUUUAGUGGCAAAGCAAACACCAAAUGAGUGGGAGGAUGUGCUUAAACAUAUUAAAUCAUAUAUUUUUAAAGAGGAUGACUUACGAGUCAAUAAGGUCUUAAGUUUAAAUUAUAAUGAUUUACCUUGCCACUUGAAACCAUGCUUUCUAUAUUUAGGCCAUUUUCCAGAGGAUUUUGAGAUACCAAUAGAGGAAUUGAUUCAAAUGUGGAUGGGCGAAGGUUUUAUACCACAAAUUUUGCAUGAAGAAGAUAGUGAGGAUACAACGGAGUAUGAGGGAGAACAAUAUUUGCGAGAGCUAAUCCAGAGGUGCAUGGUUCAGGUGGGGGAAAUUAGCAAACAUGGAAGGAUCAAAACUUGCCGAAUCCAUGAUCUUAUGCGAGAUUUUUGCAUUUCAAAAGCCCAACAAGAAAAUUUUCUCCAAAUCACCAAGAAAAAUAUUCACUCCAUGGAAGGAAGCCAAUGGCAUAUUGAUAAAAUUAGAAGACUUGCUAUCACUUUGGAAUCAAAUGAUAACUACCUCAAAGGAAUUAAAUUUAGUGAAUAUCCUUACCUCAGGUCUCUUCUCUACUUUGUGCAUCCUAAAGAAUUUUAUUUCAAGAAAUCCAAGUUGCUUAGAGUCUUAAAUAUGAAAAAUUACAAUGGAAAAAACUUACCUAAAGAUAUUGGACGUUUCAUCCAUUUGAGAUUUUUAUCUUUGGAAAAUAGCAAUAUAAAUAAGGUGCCUUUAUCCCUUGGCAAUUUGAGAUGCUUGAUUUACGACUUCAAGAUUGCAGAUGGAGAGUGCCAAAUGUUUUUAAGAAGAUGGAACAGUUGAGGCAUCUUUACCUACCCUUCGAUUAUUGGGUAAGUGACAAGUUUCCGAUUCAACUAUCUUCGGAUUCUUAGCAUCAGAUAUCAAGUCUAUUGUUACUCAAAAAAAAAAAAAAAUUCUUGGCGUGAAGACUGGUGAA